AUGGCGAAUACUGAACGAGGUGGAUCAAUACGUGAAUAUAUUGAUGCUCGUAAAAAGGGAGGAAUGACGUGGGACGAAUUUCGUAAAUUAAAGUCGGAAGUUGAUGGACCGCAAUUCUCGGAAUAUGAACUAGUUCAGUAUCGGCAACAAUUGGAUGACGAAAGAGACGCUAAACUUAAAGGCGUAAGUGGUAGUAAGAGCCAUAGUCCUAUCGGAAAUAGAAAUUUUAGUGAAGAUGGAUAUUAUGAAGACUAUGAGAAACGUAGAAUGGAUGAUGAAGAUGUGCUUGAUGUUGAGAAGGAAAGACAUGAUAGGCACUCGAAACGUAAGGAAAGAAGUAGUAGCAUAGAACCAGUUCAGGAAGAAGAACAUACAGGAGAUACUCCUGUGCGACUAUCAGAAUUCCUAAAACAUGGAAGUAGUAGUUCAGAUGAAUAG